UUAUGUACAUAAAUACAUACAUAAAUAUAUAACAUAUUUUUCAAUACACAAAAGUAUGCUAUUUGGCUCUUUAAUACGUUCACCAACUCUCUGGCGAUGCUUUGGCAGCCGCAGCAAGCAUCGUGUGUUGGUCACAUUUGACUUCGACAAGACAAUCAUUGACGAGGACUCCUACGUAGCGCUUCUUCGCCUGCUGGCACCCGAGUACCACCGCAAGAAGCAGCUGCAGUCGCUAAUAAACGAUAGCCGCUGGUUAGAAUAUUUAGAGCGUGUGCUCCAUCUCUUGCAGAGGAAGCAACAUCUCUCGGCCGCACAAAUCGCGAAAUCGGUAAGAAAAUUGAAGCCGGUGCCAGGAAUAUUAAAUCUGCUGCGUCGCCUGGAACAUAAUAAAGUCGUGGACAUGUGCAUAUUGAGCGAUGCGAAUAGCUUUUUCAUUACGGAAUGGCUGGCAGCGUACGACUUGGAUUGCACCUUUCAAGCGGGCGUCUAUACAAAUCCUGUCUGCGUGCAUCCGGAGAGUCAGCAUUUGGUCGUAAUGCCAUACGAACACCAAACGCACUGCGACUAUUGUCCAGAAAAUCUGUGUAAAGGAGGCGUGAUGGAUAUGCUCAUCAUGUCGAAGAGUAAUGGAGACAAAACAUAUAGCAGCUUCAUUUACGUGGGUGACAGCUGCAAUGAUUUGUGUGCUAUACGGCGUUUGGGUACGUCGGAUAUUGCGUGCGUACGGUGGGGCGAGGAGCUGCACGACAACCUGUCGGUUUAUCGCAAAGAGCUUAAGUGCCAGCUAAUCCAUUGGCGGGAUGGUUACGAGCUGGAGGAGCAGCUCCUGGCCAUGCACCAUCAGUUGCAUUUGUAAAUGGAGAGAAAUUCUUGUUGACUCGGUACUGCUGGCGUCGCUGCUGCUGCUGCUGCUUGCGCUGGCAUAGCAGAGGUUGCUUGGUUUGGUCGGAUCA